AUGGCCGUCUCCGUAGGAAGCUGCUGCUUCUCCCUCGUUAAUGCCUCCGUCAAAACCCAAUAUUCCGUCUCUUCACCAAGGUGUUUCGUACCCAAGUCGUCGUCGACUCCCCGAGCUUCGAUUCAGAAGCGGAAAGCUUCCAGGUCUGAUUUGUCGCCUAAAUUAAACCCCAAGCACCCAGGUAAAGGCACGGACGGUGACGAUGGUGGUCCUCAAACAGUGGCGUUCAAGGCGUUUGGGUCGCCCAAAAAGGAGAAGAAAGAGUCUCAGUCUGAUUUAAGAGAGCAGCAGCAGACUGAUCCUGCGAAGAUUCACGAUGCAUCCUUUCUCAACGCCGUUGUGAAGGUUUACUGCACUCACACAGCGCCUGAUUACUCCCUCCCAUGGCAGAAGCAAAGACAGUUUACCAGCACUGGAAGUGCUUUUAUGAUAGGAGAUGGCAAGCUCUUGACAAAUGCCCAUUGUGUGGAACAUGGUACUCAGGUUAAAGUUAAGAGAAGGGGAGAUGAUCGAAAAUAUGUGGCCAAGGUUUUAGUUAGAGGUGUAGACUGUGACAUAGCUUUGCUCUCAGUAGAAAGCGAGGACUUUUGGAAAGGAGCUGAACCACUGCGGCUUGGCCACUUACCCCGCCUUCAGGAUUCAGUAACUGUUGUGGGAUAUCCUCUUGGAGGAGAUACUAUCUCUGUUACAAAAGGGGUCGUAUCACGUAUAGAGGUUACAUCAUAUGCUCACGGAUCAUCUGACUUGCUUGGAAUUCAAAUCGACGCUGCAAUAAACCCAGGGAAUAGUGGUGGCCCUGCUUUCAACGACCAGGGGGAAUGUAUUGGAGUAGCAUUUCAGGUUUACAGAUCCGAAGAGACUGAAAAUAUUGGAUACGUGAUUCCAACAACUGUUGUUUCUCACUUUUUGACUGAUUACGAGAGGAACGGAAAGUACACUGGUUACCCUUGCCUUGGAGUGUUGCUGCAGAAACUGGAAAAUCCAGCUCUGCGGGAGUGCCUAAAAGUUCCUACAAAUGAGGGGGUGCUGGUGCGAAGAGUUGAACCUACAUCUGAUGCAAGUAAAGUUUUGAAGGAGGGAGAUGUGAUUGUUAGCUUUGAUGAUCUUCAUGUGGGAUGUGAAGGAACUGUACCCUUCCGAUCCAGUGAACGCAUUGCAUUCCGUUAUCUCAUCAGUCAAAAAUUUGCAGGUGAUAUCGCAGAGCUUGGUAUCAUUAGAGCAGGAGAACAUAAGAAAGUUCAAGUAGUUCUAAUGCCAAGAGUGCACCUGGUCCCAUACCAUAUUGAUGGAGGUCAGCCGUCAUACAUCAUAAUUGCUGGUUUGGUGUUUACUCCGCUCUCAGAACCACUGAUAGAAGAGGAGUGCGAGGACACCAUAGGCUUAAAACUGUUAACAAAAGCACGCUACUCUGUGGCAAGGUUCAGAGGAGAACAAAUCGUCAUCCUAUCACAGGUCUUGGCAAAUGAAGUAAACAUCGGCUAUGAAGACAUGAACAACCAGCAGGUCCUGAAGUUCAAUGGAACUCCGAUAAGAAACAUCCAUCACUUGGCACACCUCAUUGACAUGUGCAAAGAUAAGUAUCUAGUUUUUGAGUUUGAAGACAACUAUGUGGCCGUGCUGGAGAGAGAAGCUUCGAACUCGGCUUCCUUGUGCAUCCUCAAAGAUUAUGGAAUUCCUUCAGAAAGAUCCGCUGAUCUGCAUGAGCCAUAUGUAGAUCCAAUAGAUGACACCCGAGCACUUGACCAAGGUUUUGGUGACAGCCCUGUCUCAAAUCUGGAAAUCGGCUUCGAUGGACUGGUCUGGGCAUAA